AUGGCCAAUAGUAUUCUGAAAAUGUCUAACUUUACCAUUGUGACUGAAUUUCUCCUCAUGGGGUUUUCUGAUAUUUGGGAACUACAGAUCAUAUAUGCUUUACUUUUCUUACUCAUUUACUUGGCAACUCUGACGGGAAAUCUCCUAAUUGUUGUAGUCACUACUCUUGACAGGAGCCUCCACACUCCCAUGUACUUCUUCCUUAGGAAUCUGUCUAUUGUAGAUGCCUGUUACAUAUCAGUCACAGUCCCCAAGACAUCUAUUAACUCCCUAGUGAACAACAGGGCUAUUUCUGUAGCUGGAUGUGCAGCCCAGAUAUUUCUUGUGCUAUUCCUUGCAUAUGUUGAGUUUACUUUACUCACUGUUAUGGCUCAUGAUCGAUAUGUUGCCAUAUGCCAUCCACUCCACUAUCCAAUGAUCAUGAGUCCCCGAUUCUGUAUGCAGAUGACCAUGACAUGCUUGCUCACUGGCUUCCUGUAUGCAAGUUUCCAUACUGUCUACACAUUUCAAUUGCCUUUCUGCCAAUCCAAUGUGAUCCAUCAGUUCUUCUGUGACACCCCCUCUUUACUCAAACUCUCUUGUGCUGAGACUUUCAGUAAUAAGAUAUCCAUAGCAGCCUCCGUUCUGGUCAUUGGGAUGGUCUGCUUUGCCUUCAUCACAGCCUCUUACGUUCGUAUAUUCUCUACUGUGUGCAAGUUUCCAGUGAAAGAAGAUCAAAGAAAAGCCUUCUCUACCUGUGUCCCCCACAUCCUCGUGGUGUCGCUGUUUAUUAUUUCUGGCUUUUAUGUGUACUUACAACCACCUUCACAUUCUGAAUCCAUUAAGGAUUUAGUCCUUUCAGUGGUCUACUCUGUAAUACCUCCUUUCCUGAACCCCAUCAUAUAUAGUCUACGAAACAAACAGAUAAAGGAGGCUGUGACAAUAGUAAUGAAGAGGACACUAUUUUACAGGAAUAUAGCAUAA